AUGGCAGUAAACAAACUCUAUCCUAAAAAAACCGUCAGAAUUGUCUAUGAUGUUAAUACCAAAAUUGGAACAGGUUUCAGUCCAAAAGAUCCUAUACCUAUUCUAUUAAAAUCAGGACUCAUCUAUGAAGCUAAAUGUUCCGAAUGUGGAAAAACUUACAUUGGGAAAACGUGUCGUCAUUUAAAAACACGGGUUGAUGAACAUCUGAAAGCUCAAGAGAAAAUUAUCUUAUCUCAGACAAAACUCGUACCAGAAAAUAUCUCGAAACAAGUAACAGUAUCGAAAAGAUUAGUUACGACCAUCUCUAGACAAGGACCCGUAACACGACCACAAACUAGCAAAAUUCAGAGAACUGUUGUAAAAAUGGAUCAAGAAGAUCUAGAAGAUUCUUUUAGUACGGUGGCAAAUGUCAAUGCAACUAACACCGCUACAGAACCGCAGGCAAAAUCAACUAUUGCUAAACACUAUAAAAAUACAGGACAUGUAAUGAAGAAUUCCGAUUUUCGAAUUAUACUCUCAGAACAACAUAAAUAUCGAUUACUAGUUAAAGAAUCACUCUUAAUUAGAUCGGAAGCGCCAGUUCUAAAUGGAACAGAUCGAUCAGUUCCUCUUUAUGUUUUUCCAGACGGCGUAGAGAAAAAGAAAACAAUUGGAGAUGGAAGAUUCAUACCACCAGAAAAAGUCAGUUAUAAAAGAAUAAAAUAA